AUGGACGUGGACGUGGACGUGGACGUGACGUGGACGUGGACGUGGACGUGGACGUGGACGUGGACGUGGACGUGGACGUGGACAUGGACGUGGACGUGGACGUGGACGUGGACAUGGACGUGGACGUGGACAUGGACGUGGACGUGGACGUGGACUGGACGUGGACGUGGACGUGGACGUGGACGUGGACGUGGACGUGGACGUGGACAUGGACGUGGACGUGGACGUGACAUGGACGUGGACAUGGACGUGGACGUGGACGUGGACGUGGACGUGGACAUGGACGUGGACAUGGACAUGGACGUGGACGUGGACGUGGACAUGGACGUGGACAUGGACGUGGACGUGGACGUGGACGUGGACGUGGACAUGGACGUGGACGUGGACGUGGACAUGGACGUGGACGUGGACGUGGACGUGGACGUGGACGUGGACGUGGACGUGGACGUGGACGUGGACGUGGACGUGGACGUGGACAUGGACGUGGACGUGGACGUGGACGUGGACGUGGACGUGGACGUGGACGUGGACAUGGACGUGGACGUGGACGUGGACGUGGACAUGGACGUGGACGUGGACGUGGACGUGGACGUGGACGUGGACGUGGACGUGGACGUGGACGUGGACAUGGACGUGGACAUGGACGUGGACGUGGACGUGGACGUGGACAUGGACGUGGACGUGGACAUGGACGUGGACAUGGACGUGGACGUGGACGUGGACGUGGACGUGGACGUGGACGUGGACGUGGACAUGGACGUGGACGUGGACGUGGACGUGGACAUGGACGUGGACGUGGACGUGGACGUGGACGUGGACAUGGACGUGGACAUGGACGUGGACGUGGACGUGGACGUGGACAUGGACGUGGACAUGGCGUGGACGUGGACGUGGACGUGGACGUGGACGUGGACAUGGACGUGGACGUGGACGUGGACAUGGACGUGGACGUGGACGUGGACGUGGACAUGGACGUGGACGUGGACGUGGACGUGGACGUGGACAUGGACGUGGACAUGGACGUGGACGUGGACGUGGACGUGGACGUGGACGUGGACGUGGACGUGGACGUGGACGUGGACGUGGACGUGGACAUGGACGUGGACGUGGACGUGGACGUGGACAUGGACGUGGACGUGGACGUGGACAUGGACGUGGACAUGGACGUGGACGUGGACGUGGACGGGACGUGGACGUGGACGUGGACGUGGACGUGGACGUGGACGUGGACGUGGACGUGGACGUGGACGUGGACGUGGACGUGGACGUGGACGUGGACGUGGACAUGGACGUGGACGUGGACGUGGACGUGGACGUGGACGUGGACGUGGACGUGGACGUGGACGUGGACGUGGACAUGGACGUGGACGUGGACGUGGACGUGGACAUGGACGUGGACGUGGACGUGGACAUGGACGUGGACAUGGACGUGGACGUGGACGUGGACGUGGACGUGGACAUGGACGUGACGUGGACGUGGACGUGGACGUGGACAUGGACGUGGACGUGGACAUGGACGUGGACGUGGACGUGGACGUGGACAUGGACGUGGACGUGGACAUGGACGUGGACGUGGACGUGGACAUGGACGUGGACGUGGACAUGGACGUGGACGUGGACGUGGACGUGGACGUGGACGUGGACGUGGACGUGGACAUGGACGUGGACGUGGACGUGGACAUGGACGUGGACGUGGACGUGGACGUGGACGGGACGUGGACUGACGUGGAUGGACGUGGACAUGGACGUGGACGUGGACUGGACGUGACGUGGACGUGGACAUGGACGUGGACGUGGACGUGGGACGUGGACGUGGACAUGGACGUGGACGUGGACAUGGACGUGGACGUGGACAUGGACGUGGACGUGGACGUGGAACGUGGACGUGGACGUGGACGUGGACGACGUGGACGUGGACGUGGAGGACUGGACGUGGACAUGGACGUGGACGUGGACGUGGACGUGGACGUGGACGUGGACAUGGACGUGGACGUGGACGUGGACGUGGACGUGGACGUGGACGUGGACGUGGACGUGGACGUGGACGUGGACGUGGACGUGGACGUGGACGUGGACGUGGACGUGGACAUGGACGUGGACGUGGACGUGGACGUGGAAUGGACUGGACGUGGACGUGGACGUGGACGUGGACAUGGACGUGGACAUGGACGUGGACGUGGACGUGGACAUGGACGUGGACGUGGACUGUGGACGUGGACGUGGACGUGGACGUGGACAUGGACGUGGACGUGGACGUGGACGUGGACGUGGACAUGGACGUGGACAUGGACGUGGACGUGGACAUGGACGUGGACAUGGACGUGGACGUGGACGUGGACGUGGACAUGGACGUGGACGUGGACGUGGACGUGGACUGGACGUGGACGUGGACGUGGACGUGGACAUGGACGUGGACGUGGACGUGGACAUGGACGUGGACGUGGACGUGGACGUGGACGUGGACGUGGACGUGGACGUGGACGUGGACGUGGACGUGGACGUGGACGUGGACGUGGACGUGGACGUGGACAUGGACGUGGACGUGGACGUGGACGUGGACUGGACGUGGACGUGGACGUGGACAUGGACGUGGACGUGGACGUGGACGUGGACAUGGACGUGGACUGGACGUGGACGUGGACGUGGACGUGGACGUGGACGUGGAGGACGUGGACGUGGACGUGGACGUGGACGUGGAGGACGUGGACGUGGACGUGGACGUGGACGUGGACAUGGACGUGGACGUGUGACGUGGACGUGGACGUGGACGUGGACGUGGACGUGGACGUGGACGUGGACGUGGACGUGGACAUGGACGUGGACAUGGACGUGGACGUGGACGUGGACGUGGACGACAUGGACGUGGACGUGGACGUGGACGUGGACGUGGACGUGGACAUGGACGUGGACGUGGACGGGACAUGGACGUGGACAUGGACAUGGACGUGGACGUGGACGUGGACGUGGAUGGACGUGGACGUGGACGUGGACGUGGACGUGGACAUGGACGUGGACAUGGACGUGGACGUGGACGUGGACGUGGACGUGGACAUGGACGUGGACAUGGACGUGGACGUGGACGUGUAUGUGGACGUGGACGUGGACGUGGACAUGGACGUGGACGUGGACGUGGACGUGGACAUGGACGUGGACGUGGACGUGGACAUGGACGUGGACGUGGACGUGGACGUGGACGUGGACAUGGACGUGGACGUGGACGUGGACGUGGACGUGGACGUGGACGUGGACGUGGACAUGGACGUGGACAUGGACGUGGACGUGGACGUGGACUGGACGUGGACGUGGACAUGGACGUGGACGUGGACGUGGACAUGGACGUGGACGUGGACGUGGACGUGGACAUGGACGUGGACGUGGACGUGGACGUGGACGUGGACGUGGACGUGGACGUGA